AUGGAUCUAAUUCAGUCCUACGACGAAGAAGCCGUUUCUUCCUCGCCGGAAUCUUCGCCGCCUCGUAUGCUGAAGGCGAAAUCAUCGGCGCCGGAGGUAGACGAUACGGCACUAGCUCUGACGGUGGCUAACGUGAACCAAUCGAAAUCGCAGCCGAUCAAUCCCACCCAACACGCCGUAGUGUUUAACCCUACUUACGACAGCUCUGGGCUCCGAUCUUACGGCCCUGCGCACCCGUACGCCAAAGACGGGAUCGCGCAGGGGAUGCGGAACCACAAGCUAGGGUUUGUGGAGGACGCGUCGAUUGGCUCCUUCGGGGUUCGACGAGCAGUACAACACUUUUCAGACGUACGGUUACGCGGCAGAUCCGUCCGGGUUGAAUUACGUCGGCGAUAUGGAGGCGUUGAAGCAGAACGACGAAGCUUGGCUUUGAAGAAUCCAUGGUCGAAGGAAGAAGGAGGUGGUUCAGGGAGAGUUGACGGAGGAGCAGAAGAAGUACGCAGAGGACCACGCGAAGAAGAAGGAGAGAAGGAUCAACAAGGCGAAGCCAAAGGAGAGCAUUACGCGGAUAAGAGCACUUUCCAUGGCAAGGAGGAGAAAGAUUACCAAGGGAGGUCAUGGAUCGAGGCUCCUAAAGACGCAAAGGCAACAACGAUCACUGCUACAUCCCCAAACGUCUGGUUCACACAUGGAGUGGUCACACGAAAGGCGUUUCCGCUAUUCGCUUCUUCCCAAAGCAGGGCAUUUGCUUCUCUCUGCAGGUAUGGAUUGCAAGUUCUUACUGCUGGGUAUGAUAAGAACAUUAAGUACUGGGACACAGAGACUGGCCAAGUUAUAUCGACUUUCUCCACCGGGAAGAUUCCGUAUGUGGUGAAGCUGAAUCCGGAUGAUGACAAGCAGAACAUUUUGCUGGCUGGUAUGAGCGAUAAGAAGAUAGUGCAGUGGGAUAUCAAUACGGGGGAGAUUACGCAGGAGUAUGAUCAGCAUUUGGGUGCGGUUAAUACGAUCACGUUUGUGGACAAUAACAGAAGGUUUGUGACGUCGAGCGAUGAUAAGUCUCUCCGUGUGUGGGAGUUUGGGAUCCCGGUGGUGAUCAAGUAUAUCAGUGAGCCUCAUAUGCACUCUAUGCCAGCGGUUUCUGUUCACCCGAAUGGGAAGUGGGUUGCUGCUCAGAGUUUGGAUAACCAGAUUCUGAUCUACAGUGCCAGAGAGAGGUUUCAGCUGAACAAGAAGAAGAGGUUUGCAGGGCACGUUGUUGCUGGUUACGCAUGCCAGGUUAAUUUCUCGCCGGAUGGACGGUUUGUUAUGUCAGGGGAUGGUGAGGGUAAGUGCUGGUUUUGGGACUGGAAGAGCUGCAAAGUGUUUAGGACUCUUAGAUGUCACAAUGGAGUCUGCAUUGGAGCUGAGUGGCAUCCUCUGGAACAGAGUAAAGUCGCAACUUGUGGUUGGGACGGCCUGAUUAAGUACUGGGACUAG